GGAUGUUCGUUCUGUAUACCCUUCACACUGGUCGGAUCUGGUCAUAUACCUGGCAUGGCAAAAUUUGGUUCGCCGCCGCUCUCUGUGAGGUUCUCUUUAGCGUGCAUCACUUCCUUAUGGUCCGAUCGAUCUCAGGCCCAUCUCCGAAUGGUCCUGGACAUCUUGAUGAGCUUCAGGCGGCAUUUACCCGCGUUCUGAAGGCUGGCUUAGCUGGCCUCUCUGAAGAUGACCGUGACGAAGAGACCUUGGACGUAGAUCGACCAGGCAGUCCGGCUGAGAAUAUAGUCCAGCUGAAAGCUAGUAACCCCCAUGCAAUAGAUUUCAGGAACUAUAUGAGAACCUGGUUCCGUAAAGCGCGAUGGUCUUCCAUACGGACCCAGGAGCUUUAUUCAUGGUUAUAUUGGUCUAUCUACAACACAUCGCUCCCCCCGCUAGAGAAUCUUCCACCCGCACACCGCGUAACUCUUGAUGAUGCUCUGAGCCUCAUCGAGAAACGUUCUGGUACUACUAUACCCCAGGGCUCCGAUCCAACUACUCGACCUAUUCUUCUUACUUUGGACAAGGUCAACGUCCACUGGCGACCUCUAUUCUGGUAUGUAUUUGUUGCUGCGAGUAAUUGUUACCAGAGGUGGUGGCUAAUGCGCACAUGGGAUGUGCGCUUUGGCUGUUACAACGGUUUGGAAUACUUUAUCAGAAUUCCUAAAAGCUGGGAUCCAGCCUCUGGACCUCGUCCCAUCGUAUUCUGGCAUGGGCUGGGAUUGGGCUUGACCCAGUAUCAAGUUUUCUUAUCGCAUCAUCUUCGCGCUUUUCCCGAUCGACCGUUCCUCGUACCUUUACAGCCGCAUAUCAGCCAGGAGAUCUUCCAUUCAAAGUUUUUGAAGCCGAUGGGCAGACAUGAGACGACUGCAUGUGUGGUCGGCUUGCUGAGAGAGCUGGGUUGGGUGUCUCAGAAAGACAAAUACACCACUGAUACCGAAUCCGAACCCGAAGAAGCAUCACUUGGCAAAUCCUCAAGGAAAGGCGUUGUGAUGCUUAGUCACUCCAACGGAUCGUAUGCGCAUACAUGGAUGCUUAAAAGUUACCCACAGAUGGUGGUACGCUCUUGCUUUGUGGAUCCUGUCACCUUUUGUUCCUGGGAAGGCGAUGUAUGCUAUAACUUCUUGUACAGACAAUGCACAACGGGUAUGGAGCUACUGAUGCGCUAUUUUGUCGGAACGGAGCUAGGUGUAGCCAAUCUUCUCCAGCGGCACUUCGACUGGUCAUCCAAUGCACUGUGGUACGAAGAGAUACCUAAUGCACGGGACCCUUCAAAAACGAUGUUCCUUUUGGGUGGUAAAGAUGCUAUCGUUGAAGCAGAGCGUGUCAAACGGUAUCUACGUUCACAUGGGGUUCGUAAAGGUUUGUACUUCGAUCCUGAUGGCAGACAUGGGCAAGCCCUGACCGCUGGGGGGGCCGGACACGCAGCAAUCAUGGAAUGGCUGAAGGGAAACUAGCUGCUGUGAACCAGAUCUCAUUCAUUUCAACCACUGGUCCUGAGUACAUAUCCCUAUCUGUAUAUACCCAUACUCACUUGCAUACACCUCGGACGAUCGUCCUGUAAUACCUUAGACCCAGUGCGCAAUUUGCUCACGAAUAACUAUAUGGGGGUGAUGGCGUUGCUCAGUUCACGAGACCUGUAAUUAUAUGUACGGGUCAUCGGACAC